AUGGGUCGGAAGCUUCCGCGAAACGGGUCGAAAGAGCUUACCGAUUCGCUGCUUCUGACCGCGUGGCUGGCGACUGUAGCGCCCGCUACAUCCGACCGGCCCUCGAUCUUAUCCGAUUCUUCGUUAUUGUCACCCCUCGCUACAGUCAACUACUUCGCGUUCGGAUCAAAUCUCAACCUGGAUCUGCUACAGCGGCGGUCAACGGGAGUCAACGCGCCUGUAGCACACGUUCUGGGUUCGGCUGUAGCAGAGGAGGAUCCGGUUGUAGCAGAGCCGGCGGUGGUGUACCAUCAUCGCCUGGCGUUCAACAUCCGCGUGCUGCCGCCAUUUGAACCGGCUGUAGCGGCGAUUGAGCCUGUCGCAGGGAUAAGGUCGGCUGUAGCGGGAAAUAGGCGGGAUAAAGCCGCGGGGAUCAGACCAGCUCUAGCGGGACGUGAAUCGGCUGUAGCGCAAAGCAGGGAGGCUGUAGCUGAGGCCGGUUCUGCUGUAGCGCGAAACGGGGCGGCUGUAGCGGGGAUGGAGGGAAGCGACGGAAGUCCGAGUGUGCAUGGAUUGGUGGUGCAGAUGCGACGAAUCGACUACGAACGGCUUAUGUGCUGGCGUGUGGUGAGUUGGCAUGUGGUGAGUUGGCAUGUGGUGAUUUGGCAUGUGGUGAUUUGGCAUGCGGUUCUGCUUUUCCCUCCUCCCCACCGCCGUUCUUUCUCCUCCAAAUUCCCCUUCUCUAUACUCUUCCUACUGCAGCCUUCAACCCUCCGAGCCAAUCCCAACAGCCCCUCGUUCCUCCCCUCUUGCAAGGAGCUUCCCCCCUCUCUCCGCCGUUUCUCCUCUCUACCCCCCAUCCGCCCCUCUUAUCCCUCUCCCCUCUCUACAACAGGCCCUAACCCUCCGAGCCAAUCCCAACAGCCCCUCGUUCCUCCCCUCUCGCAAGGAGCUGCCCUUCUGAGAAUUCUCAAAAGCGACUCAAAGGAGCAUCCUUUCCCCCCUUCCCCACUCUCUCAAACCCACCCCCCUCUCUCCCCUCGCCCCCGCUAUCCCAGGCCCUAA